AUCUUGUGAGUGAUAAGUCACUGUCGAUAGUUGUCCGAUUUUGGUGUUCAGGUGAAAAGUUUUCAUAUUAAUUCAGCUGCUGAUUCUGGAGUCCUAAAAAUGGACGUGUCAUGGGACGCAGAUAACUUCGAGCCCAAACUCCCGACCACGUUGGCAGCUUCCAACAAAUGGGAAGGGGAAGACGAGGAUGAUAACGUAAAGGAAAGCUGGGAGGAUGAGGAGGAGGAAAAGAAAGACGAAGAAAAGACUGAGGCAGCGCCACCUCCACAACCGAAACCUAAAAAGAAAAUACACGAUAAAAUAGCCGAAAGAGAGCGACAAGAACGUGAGAAGGCUGAACGUCUCGUGACAGAGAAGACUGCAGAAGAAAUGACUCCAGAGCAGAAGUUGGCUGAGAAACUUCGCCAGCAGAAGCUACAGGAAGAAUCAGAUUUGCGACUAGCCAUGGAAACCUUUGGUGUAACAGAAGGUAACAUUGGUAAACUUGACAAUUUCCACCCAACUACAAAAGAAGAGUACACAGAGUUUGCUGAUCUCCUUACAAAGAAGAUCACUUUCUAUAAAGCCAAGGAUGAAUUUCCAGGAUUCAUUGAUGACCUAGUCAAGAAUAUUUUAGUCCAGAUGUCAUCAGCGGAUAUCCGACGAAUAAAAUUGACUGUCGAUAAUCUAUAUAUUGAAAAACAGAAGGCAGAAAAGAAUGAUAAAACUAAGAAGGCCACAAAGGGCAAGGGCAAGGCCAAGUUAAAACUUGAAGGGGACAAUGCUCAUCUCAAUCAAUACGAAUCAUAUGGGAAUUUCGAUGACGACUACGAUGAUUUCAUUUAAAUAAAGCCAAUAAGGAACUUAUACACAAAUUUGAUGUCCGAAUUCAUUGAAUUUUCAACUUCAUUUACUAUAUAAAAAAAAAUACUUUCCUAUAUAUAUAUAUAAAUGUUUUUUGUAGAAUGAUAUUGCGUUAGUCUGUUUUCUUGUAAUCUCGUUUUAUUUAUUGUCGGUAAUCGAUUUGGCACUGGCCAAAAUCGAUAUUGUCGAUAACAACAAUCGAUUUAUGUAAUUCGGACAUCAGGUAAGAAAAUAAUCAUAGCAUUGUUUACGCUAACGGUAAUGGUAAUGGUGUUGCUAUGAUAAAGUUUUAAACAUCCGGUUGGAAUGCUUAAAUUAUCGAUUAUGUAAUACAUAGAGUAUC